AUGGCAGGUACUAAAGAUCAAAUUGUAUGUGAUGCACAAGCUAUUGUGAACAUAGUUGCUGGAACAUCAUCACUUGAACAAGAAUAUCAAACAACUGUAUUUACAAGCUGUACUUGUUCAGCCUGUUAUAGAACAUAUUGGAGAUUGGUGAAAAACAGAGAAGAGUAUCUAUCAUUAUAUCCUCAUUGUCCGAAUUGUGGUAAUAAGAUUGGAUUAUAUGAUGUGACUGAAGAUCACGACAUUAUUGGGGCAGAAGUUCAAUUUCUACAGAAGGAAAACGCAGCAUAUGCAAGUUUCAAAUUAACAUAUAAAGCUUUGGAAACACAAAACAUUAAACAUAUGAUUCAGAAGUGUAAUGCACGCUACAUUUGGUAA